UUAUUCUAUUUCCUAAAUACACCAUUAUUGCAUGGCAUGGUUUACAAGGGAUUCCCCGUACCUAGCAGAAGUGGUGUCUCUCUGUGCCUCUCCUGGCUGAUCUAGCACAUGCACAUGGAAGCCCACACUGCAAAUUUAGUUCAAACCUUAGUCCUAGUGAGUUCCUAAGAACGUAUUAACAGUGAGGGGCAGGUGGGUUGGCAUCUGUGCAGAAGCAGGCAUGUGAGAGAGCAUGGCAGAGGGGCCCCAUGUUCAUAUCCUAGCAGCUCUGGACUUCAAUGCAGAACUGUAGAAAACUCUCAAAUGCCUAGCAGGAGCCUGGAGCCACCUAACCCAGCAGUCCUCUGUAUGAUGAGAUAUAUGUUUAUGGAAUACAUAUGAAAUUAUGUCCUGGUGGUGCCCUUCAUUUUCAUUAAUUGUAAAGGGGUUUUGGAUUAACCACUUCAGAGCCAGAUCUUAGUAUGUGGACAACUCAGGCAGCAUUUGGUUGCCCCCAUAUGAAUAUGGUAUUUGAGAUGAUCUGGGGUGUUCACCUGGUUUCUAGAUGCUGCCCUAGAAGAGUGAGAGUUUCUCCUACACCCCUUCUCAUACCUGCCAUCUCUGCAUGGAUGUCCUCCUGACCCUGAUGCAUCUUACAUAUCUUUGUAUGAGCAAAUACAUCAAGAUUUAAGUGUCUGAUAUAGGGAGAGCUGAAUGACUCUCUAGGAUCUGUCAGCUAAUAGCAGGAUUCAGUUCAGGUGCAUAGUGCUACUUGAGAUGCUGUGAAGUAUCCAGGUUUUAGGUUCAUAUUUUAGAAAUGAAAAAUUUACCCCGUUUCUAUGGAUUUCUUUGCAGGAAGAGUCAUAGAGAAAAAUCCAGCCAUUUGUACAGACAUAGGUUUACCAGAUAGGGAGAAUAAAGGAAAGAUUAGAGGGCAUGUUGGUGCCUACAUCUGAAUUAAAAGAUUAUCCAAAACUUUGCUAUUGGUUUCCUGCUGAAUGUGCCCUUGAUCCUCUGUGUCCCAGUGCCUCCAUUCAUGUAACUGAUAUCUGUUCUUCUAAAGCAAGAGGUUCUUGGGAUAUUUUUCCCUUUUGGAUCUGCCACCCAGAGACCCAUGUUUAAAAACUUUGCUUCAGGGGCAGUCAUUAACACCUCGGUAGCUUGUAACCUGUGUCUUUCCCAAGGCAAUGCAGCUACUCAGUGGCAAAGAUACAGCCAUGCCCAUAAUUCCUUGAGGGUGAUCCCUUACAGUGACACCUGGACAUCCAUCCCUGCAGCUUCUCCUCCAAGCCAGAUUAGAAGUUGGCAUCACUGUGUGCACAUUCAUGAACUCGGUCCCUUUUCAUCCAGCAUUACCUGUUUGACACUCCUCAGUUUCUGUUGCUGCUUUCCUGGACUGAACCGCUUCCUAGCAUGCACAGUAGGAAGUUGAACGUGAUGUCUUAUGCUGCUGGGUUUGCAGGGAAAGGAGAUGGGUGAGGGAGUUAGUGAACACAGACCAUCUUGUGUUGUGGCUGCUGUCAGAUUGCCUUCGCUUGCAUGGCGCUGAUGGCAUCAUCAGAAAUGAAUCUGACAGUUCCCUGAAUGUAAUCCCUGCAGAUCAGUGGAAGCCAGGUGCCAGUCUGUGAUUUUACAGUGAGAUGCUUACUUUUGGCCAGAACCAGACACCAGGGAAGGGAGCCUCUAAAACUGUAAUAUCUGCAGUUAAACAAUCACAUGGGUGAUGGAGCUGGAUCCUGUGCACUGACUUUUUCAUGUGUUUAAAACAAUUAGUGUUUUGUGACUAGUGGGGGUGUCUGUCUGCAGAUCAAGGUGCAGGGAGCACUCAGCAGUGAGUUGAUAAGAUCUGAAAGGGUCUCUUUGAGCCUCCUGGAAUUAGCUGCCUCCUUAGCUCCAGUCUUCAACAAAUAAAAUCAAAUCAUUAACCCAUGUUCACUCACCUCUCAAAAGAGGAAAUGGUGUCUGGGUGAAACACAAUACGAGCAGGCUUCUGAAGGAAGUAAUAAACUCAGGUCUGCCCUUCCCUGCAAAGGCUGGAGAGGAAGCAUGUCUGUUUGCCAGGUGUGGAUGGGUAACUACAGUGGGACACUGGAAGAGGGUAGCAGGCUCUGCCUGUGUUUUCUAGUCCUGAUUACAAGCUAGCUGAACCCACUGGUGAUAAAGGCUCCUUUGAUUUACAUAAGAGAAGAGAAACCUGAUUAUAUAUUUGUUGUAGCGUAGGUGGGUGUGUCUAAGUGGUGACAUGAAAGAGCAGGAGACGGGAAGAGAAGAUGCUGCCUGGAUGCAGACCGGAGAAGAAGAAAGGGAGAUCAGCCACCUUCUACCCUCUAGACAACAGCCCCUUCCUGCUUCCUGUGGAUGAGACACAACUGCCAGCACUCAACAGCAGCAUGGAGCCUGUGGGUGUCAGCACAGAGAUGGCCCUGCUCAGCAACAUCCUAGCAGCGUAUGCCUUUAUUACAGAAAACCCUGAGCGGGCUGCUCUGUAUUUUGUCUCUGGAGUGUGCAUUGGACUUGUCUUGACCCUGCUGGCCCUGGUGCUAAGGGUGUCCUGCCGAACUGACUGCAAACGCUCCUCCACGAAGAAGCCUCCUCGGGAGCGGGAGAGUGACAGCGACAGCAGUGACAGCGAUGACGACUCGGACACCACUUCAGACCUGUCUGCCCGCAGGCACCGCAGGUUCGAGAGGACUUUGAACAUGAACGUCUUCACUUCAGCAGAGGAGCUGGAGCGAGCCCAGCGGCUGGAGGAGCGGGAGCGCAUCAUCCGGGAGAUCUGGAUGAAUGGCCAGCCGGACAUCCCUGGCACCAGGAGCCUCAACCGUUACUACUAAGCGAUGCGGAGUCCAACCAUCCUGCCUGGCACCCUGGGGCUCCUCCACACAAGCUAAAGGAGAGGGAGAGAAGGAAUAUUACAUAGGAGUCUCGUCUUUUCCUUUUGGGCGUGCUACUUGAGCAGUGUGGAUGGACAGAAAUAAAGCUUUCCUCAUCUCCUUCUCCCUGACAUACUGCAAUCAUCCCUCUUUACAGACAUUUUCUGGUUUCAAUAGAGGUGGUUGCCAGCUUCAUAUGUUUAUAGCAGGCAGGAAGGUGACAAUUACAGUCCUCCCAUGUGGGACAUGGAGUUUGGCAUGCUGCGGUACGAAUACUCCUUGGCUGGGAAGAGAAGUCAUCCAGGAUUUGGUGUUCAUUUAGGAUUUUUUUGUUUCCCUUUCCUGAGGACUGUGGGAGAAUUGUGAACAAAACGACAAAUCUGGAAAGGUGAUUUGGGAAGGGAAUGGGAGGUUCAUCCCGACUGAUUGUCUUGUGACUUCAGAAGCCACAAGAUUAACGUAAUUAAAACCCAACGGCAAAUAUGACUUGUUAAGAACUAGGGAACUGGGGGGAGGGGGAUUCUUCCAUCAUGAAAUCAUCUCGGUGCUUGGAUGUUUGCCAUAGUGUAUUCAGUUAUUUAUGGCUGUCUUUUCAUCUUCCUUUUCAAGGGGAACAUUUAGGUUUUUUUUACUGACACCUCAGGGAUAAAAUCCUAGUAUUUUUUUGAAUCUGUUCUCCCUGCUGGCCCCUGUCAAACACAACCCAACCCACCUCCAAUAGUGAAAUUAUGGUAAUACAGGAGAUGUGUCAGUGACUGGUGAGAAGUUAACAACCUCAAAGAGGUUGAAAAGGGUUUUCUUUUGGUUUUAAAUAUAUAUAUAUAUAUAUUUGAAGAUGCUGCACAGGAAUGUGCCUUAUUCUUUUUUCUUGUUGUUAAACUACAGUUUCCUAUGGAUAGCAAUGCACAAUGUUUUAUAUAUUUUAUUAAAAAAAUAAUAAUAAAAAAGUUCUAUGUUUACCAGAGAAAAAUGGAGACAGGAGAAGCCACAUUUGACAACAG